AUGCCGAAACUUUUUGAAGCCCUCGGAGAUCUGGCCAAGGGCGCUGGCGUGGCAGCCGAUACCGCAGUCUGGCUAGGCCGCUACGCCAAACGACAGUACAGCAGCGGCAAGAAUGGGGUGUGCCUCCUGUGCAAUAACCUCCAGCCCGAGGGCCACGAGAAUACCUUCAUCUGGACGCCAACGGGUGCCCAAAAGAACUCGCGGCCCGGCCAAAAUGUCCAGGGCGGGAGUGUUCUUGCACUGGACCUGGAGAAGCUGUCGACCAAGGAGUUGUUGAAGAGCCGGCAGGUCAGCCCACAGACAGGCCUGCCAUUCAGGGCCUGCAAGUACUGCCGGCUUCUGUGUGAGAUAUUCGACGCGUUCUACAUCGACGAGUGGAUGAGCUGGGUCACCGAGACCGGGAAUGCGAUGCCGGUUUCUUUUGGCCUGAUGAUCAGACAGGGUGCACCCAUUAUCGUGACGACCAUUGGUUUCGUACACGACAAGUACUGGAAGGAUGCCCGCUCAGAUGUGGAAAUCUACUUGGACCCAACCGCGAUUCCGAGCGCCGUGCCGUCGGCGUUGUCGCCUUCGAUCCCCGGACUUCCCGCCCUGGGCCCAGCAGGCAUCCGACAGACAGACACUCGGUCUGAAGCCUGCCUGAGAUUCAUCAAGGACAGCUUACGGCAAUGCUGCACGGAGCACGGCGCAUGCAGAAAUUCGGCCAAUGCGUUCGUCCCUACGCGUCUCUUGUACGUCGGGGGAGGAAACGCCGCCCUCCGGCUCUGCGAGACGACCACUUGGCAGGAACAGCCACCAUACGUGGCCCUGAGUCACUGCUGGGGCGGGAGCAAACCACUGUCACUGACAAAGGCUCGGCUGGAAGAGUUCAAGAGACAGAUCAACGUGACCGACCUACCAAACACGUUCAAGGACGCCAUCACCGUGACGCAGGAGCUCCAGCUGCCGUACCUCUGGAUCGACUCCCUCUGCAUAAUCCAAGACGACACAACAGACUGGGAGCAGGAGGCCGCGAGGAUGGCAGACGUCUACAGCAAGGCCUUCGUCGUGGUCACGGGCUCCUCGUCGCCCAACCCGGAGACCCCCUUCCUCGGCCCCAGGGAGGACGAGUGGCUGACCAAGACGUUCAGCCUCCCCGUUGCCCCGGGGGUGAGCACCCCCCUGAAAGCCCGCAAGAGGGCCGUGCUGGCUGCGCCCCUGGACCAGGGCCUCCUCGAGCCCCCCUUCACGACGUCCUGGGGCACCCUCAAGCGCGUCGGCCCGCUGUACAACCGCGGCUGGUGCUUCCAGGAGGCGUACCUCGCCACGCGGAACCUGCACUUCGCGCCCGGGUCCCUCGUCUUCGAGUGCAGGACGCACCGGCGCGGGGAGGACCAGCUCGCGCCGUACCCGUCCACGGCGCCCGGCACGCUGGGCCGGCACAUAGACCCGGCGGACCAGUGGCGCAUGCUCGUCAAGUCGUUCACGUCGCGGCAGCUGACAUUCGGGGGCGACAAGCUGCCCGCCAUCGGCGGCGCGGCCGUGACGAUGCCCCAGGCGCAGGGCGGGGAAGGACGGUACCUGGCGGGUCUGUGGGCCGAUACGCUGCUUCUUGACCUGAUGUGGCAGGUCAUGCCGUGGCUGGUGCUAUCGGGGCAGGAGAGCGAGUCGCUGGCGUACGACGACAAGGACGGGGGCCCGCCGACGUGGUCGUGGGCGUCGAUGAAGUGGGGGGUGGUAUGGUCGCCGUUGAAGUCACCCCAGCUUGUCGCCAGGGUCCUGGACGCGAAGGCCACGGUCGAGGGGGCCAACCCGUACGGGAAGGUCUCCGGCGGUGUGAUCAAGCUCCAGGGUCGGCUCAGGCGGUGCCGGUUGAAGUGGGACUUCCGGCUGGAACAUGACGCGUGUUACACGUUGGCGGACGGCACGACGAGCAAGCUGCAGCAUUACCGGACUGACGGGCCUCUCUCGCGCGAGGCCGUGCCGGGUCCGUACGGGGCGAACGUGCGAAGGGCUCGGGAUGGGCCGUACGGUGUGGACACGGCCAAGGAGGAGGUCACUGCGGCUGUGUUUUUCAUUGCUUGUUGUCCGUUCGUCGGCCAUAUUGGCAGGAAUUACGUUGGACUCGUAUUGGGAACAUCACCACGUUCAGCUGGAUGUAUGGAAAGGGUUGGAGCUAUCUUCAAUCUGCCCAAGAGCUGGUAUGAUUCCGCUGAGGAGGCUGUGGUCACAAUCGUGUAA